GCCAAGAGCUCACGGCCGGACCUCACCGCACACGGCCACACGCACAGAACACAACGUUGCGGCUGGUGGAAGAGAGAGCUAACCGAAGCAACAAGGUGAGGCAGGCUCGCUAGGAAGGAAGCCAUGGAGAUCGGGUCUCUGGCGCCGGGUGAGAGGCCGCACGCCGUGAUGAUCCCGUACCCGGCGCAGGGCCACAUCACGCCGAUGCUGAAGCUGGCCAAGCUGCUCCACGCCAGGGGCUUCCAUGUCACCUUCGUCAACAACGAGUUCAACCACCGCCGGCUGCUCCGCUCCCAGUCCGCCGACACGCUACGUGGCCUGCCCGCGUUCCAGUUCACCGCCAUCGCCGACGGCCUUCCGCCGUCCGACCGUGAGGCCACGCAGGACAUCGCUGAGUUGUGCUACUCUACAAUGACCACCUGCCUCCCCAGGUUCAAGGAGCUCGUCGUCAAGCUCAACGAGGAGGCCGAGACCUCCGACGGCGCACUGCCGCCUGUCACCUGCGUGGUGGCCGAUAGCACCAUGAGCUUCGCUCUUGCCGCCGCGCGGGAACUCGGCCUCCGCUGCGCCACACUCUGGACCGCCAGCGCCUGUGGUUUCAUGAGCUACUGCCACUACAAGGAUCUACUCGAUCGUGGGCUCUUCCCUCUCAAAGAAGAGGCACAGUUGAGCAACGGAUACUUGGACACGAUCAUAGACUGGAUACCGUCCAUGCCCAAAGACCUGCGGCUGCGUGACCUCCCUAGCUUCAUGCGCACCACGGACCCCGAUGACAUCAUGUUCAACUUCUUCGUCCACGAGACGGCCGCCAUGUCGCAGGCGUCGGGGGUGGUGAUCAACACCUGGGACGAGCUCGACGCGCCCCUGCUCGAUGCCAUGUCCAAGCUCCUGCCCUCCGUCUACACAGUGGGGCCACUCCAUCUCACGGUCCGCAACAAUGUCUCGAAGGAGAGCCCCCUCGCCGACACCGGGUCCAACCUGUGGAAGGAGCAGGACGCGCCCCUCCGGUGGCUCGACGGCCAACCGCCGCACUCCGUGUUGUAUGUAAAUUUUGGGAGCAUCACGGUGAUGUCCAAGGAGCAUUUGUUGGAGUUCGCGUGGGGGUUGGCCAACACCGGCUACGCCUUCCUGUGGAACGUGCGGCCAGACCUCGUCAAGGGCGACGACGAGGCCGCACUACCGCCAGAGUUUUUCGCGGCGACCGAGGGUCGGAGCAUGCUCUCGACGUGGUGCCCGCAGGAGAAGGUGCUGGAGCACGAGGCCGUAGGGAUCUUCCUCACGCACUCUGGGUGGAACUCGUCGCUGGAGGGCAUAUGCGGCGGCAUUCCGAUGGUGUGUUGGCCCUUCUUUGCUGAGCAGCAGACCAACUGCCGCUACAAGUGCACGGAGUGGGGCAUCGGGAUGGAGAUUGGGGAAGACGUGAGAAGGACCGAGGUGGAGGCCAUGAUACGGGAGGCCAUGGAGGGGGCGAAGGGGCGAGAGAUGCGACGGCGUGUGCAAGAGCUCCGGGAUAGCGCCCUGGCCUCCGCACGGUGUGACGGAAGGUCCAUGCGCAAUGUUGAUAGGCUCAUCCAUGAGGUGCUUCUGGCUUGAAACAAGAAAAUUAAGCUGAUAAAUAAAAGGUUUGGACAGUCUGAAGCGUUUAUUAGGAUGAAA